AAGGAAAAAGGCGAAACGUUUUCCGAACCAAUAAGCGUGCACAAGGAGGCCAAAAACUUCUACUUCCCCUUCCCUUAGAAACAACGAAAAUGGCGGAUGAAGGAUCCAGACCAGUGUCUACCACAGAGUUAGGGACAAAUGAAGUCCCUGACACUCAAGACAUCCCAGACAAUAUUCAAAAAAUCAUCAUGAGUGAGAAAGAGGCUGCUGAAGUGCCUAACAAACGGGCCAAGGUUGACCUUCAGUCCCUACCGACCAGAGCAUAUCUUGAUCAAACUGUGGUACCUAUUCUUCUGUCUGGAAUGUCAGUUCUAGCACGGGAAAGGCCUCCAAAUCCAGUGGAGUUUCUGGCAGCUUAUUUAUUGAAGAAUAAAGACCAGUUUGACCAGUGAUAGCUGUCAGUCAUGACUGAUUGAUCCUGAUGUUGCUGUCGAUGUGCAUGUCUAUGGACAUGGAGAGCUCCACCCAAGACCUGCACCUUCCCAUGCAUCAUUUUUUUUAUUCUGUCGUUUAUAAAACUUCACUAUGUUUCCAUCUAUUUCAUAUGUAAUAAAGUCCAUCAGUCAUUGCAACAAC